UUUGUUCAAUUCCUGCGUGAUUCUGCCUAACUCUUUCUUGGCUAUUCGUUCAUAAACUAAAUUUUCCUCAGCAUUUAAAAUGUUUGAUUUUUCUUUUUACAAGUCGUGCGGGAAUCAAUGACAAAUAAAAUUUCAUUAGAUACCAACAAGCUGGAGACUGAUAAUUUUACUUUAAAAAGUGUUAUUUACGUCUAGAAACCCCAGCGAGAAAGCUGAGUUUACAUAAAGCAAAAAACGAGUUUGAUGUUACAAAGUACGUGAAUUGUGGCAUUCUUCCUUGCACCGGGGGCAUCAAUUCUUCCGGAAAAAUAGACAAUUCGCGACUGAACAGGAACACAGGUCAUGACUGUAACACAAAAAGUUCCAAGGUCGAGGGCGACCGUUGAAAAAAUAACUGAUCUGGGCUUUCACAGUUUUUUCGCUAGAGACGAGUCUUCACCCAUUAAAUGAAUGGUCAAUUUUGCUCCGUUUCCCCUGCCGAGGGUGCUGUAUUUGUUUCUUUUCGAAACCUUCACCGGAAGACAACGAAGUUAGCCGACAAUUUCCCGACGAUACGCGGCUGUACGAAGCGAGGUUACAAAGCUCAUACCGAACAAUGUUUCAGCCUGAUGCUGGUUUCAUUCAACAACAACAACAACACAGCGACUUUCUGGAGAUGUUAAAAGAAAAUGGAAAAGAUUUUCUGCCGAUUUGCUGUCUAAGUUGUUGUGUACAGUUUUUGUCAUCAGAAGAAGCAGAUAUUUCCCUUCAGCUAAAGUCAACAUAAACCAUGAGUAACUGAAGCUGGAAUUAAAUUGUAUCUGUCUCAUCUGGCAUGUAGCUGACAAUACAACAUUUCUUAGUUGCAUCAACAAGAAGAUAUAACAUCUACAUGUCCUCUUGAUGAACAAGACCUAUUGGAAAUAUAUGGUUCUUUCACUAGUCAUUAAUAAAACUUGUGAUUGAAAUGGGGAUUGGUACAUCUUCUGCGGAGCAGAAUUCGCCUGAUUCAACGUUAGUCCGUGUACCGCGAUACACCUUGGAGGAGAAAAGAAAAAAGCAUUCCAAAUUAAACACGCUUAAGAAGAAACUUUCAAGGAGUAAAGGUGGAUUUAAGAGCCAUGAUCAUGGAAAAAUGCUGCGAGAUUUAACACAGACAUGGACGACACAAGAAAUCAAUGCUUUAGUUGAAGAGUAUGAAGCAAUGUUGAAUGUUAAGGAGUUGAAGAGUCAGACCAAUCUUGUAAGACAGUCUGCACCAAGUUUGAAGAAAGACCUCCUAAGGCUGUUUGAAGAGGGAAUUUGUGCUGACAUGACACUUGUGUUUGAGAAUACCCAUUUCCACGUUCACAAGGCUAUUCUUUCAUCUAGAUGUCCGUAUUUUAAAGACCUUUUUUCACAACACUCUGAACCAGACCCAGUUAUUCACAUGGAGUUCAAGACUGAAGGAAUGACCACAGAAAUUUUUUCAGCAUUACUCUGUUACUUGUACACUGGUGACUUUACUCCUAAAAGGUCUGGGCUAGAGUACAUUGAUGUUUUAAUCAAUCUAGGCGAGGAAUUUGGUACACCAAAUGUCUUAGAGCAGGAUUUAAAACUGCUUUUUAACAGUGGUGAUUAUGCAGAUGUUGCAUUUGUGUUUCCUGCACAAGACUCUUCAGAUGCAUUCACAUCAGCAGAUGGGAGCACCAUUUCUGACCAUACUUAUGAAAUUUUUUGCCACAAAGCUAUUCUUUGUGCUAGGUCGCCGUAUUUUAGAUCGCUAUUUCUCAAGAAAGACGUGAAUUUACCUGAAGACAGGUCAACCUCAAGUGUAACAAGACUUGUUUUAGAUGAAUCAGUUAUGACGAGGCAGUACACACGCAUUGUUUUACAGUGUAUGUACACUGACUCUGUGGAUUUGUCGUCUGUUGUUAAAUGGAGCUCGGAGGACAAGAGAUAUUAUGCUUCUGGGACUCACAAAUUAUUGACAUCAGCAGAGAUCGCCAUGGAAGUAUUUGAGGUAGCAAGCUUCAUUGAUUUGCCUGUGCUAAUUCAAGGCUGUGAAGACAUCAUUCUAGAAGAGCUGUCUCCCUCUACCCUCCUGCCCACCCUGGAAUGGAGCUCACUUCCUCAUGGGUCAGACUGGGUCUACAGACAAGCCAUGCAGUUCUUACAGGAUGAAUUUGUCAACAUCGCUCAGACGGAUGCUUUUUCCUUUAUACCUAAAAUGUAUUUGGCAGAAGCAUUAAAAUCUGAUUUUCUGCAGGUAUUUGAUAUUCUAUCAAUAACAGAGAAUCAGGUUAAAAUAAUUUCCAUAAUUUCUAAUUUGGUCACUACUAAAGUCUUGACAUUCUUUGUGUCACAGGCCAUCCUUGAAGAACACAAAGAAGCGGAAGUCGAACUUAUCAGACACCGGAUGUCACGUGUCAGUCAUAACAUGCCCGAUACUCUGUACAUGGUGGGCUCGCAAAAGCGUAGCAACACAGCACCAGCCCUCUUUCUUCAAGCUGCAGCUGCGGGUAGACUGGAACAAGAUGACAGACCUUCUACAGCCCAGAGCUCCAACAAGAGUGAUAAUGAACUGGACAGAUAUGUGAGGAACAGGCGCACUAGUGAAGUAAAUACAGGUGAGAGAGAAUCAGUUGGCGCUGACCGGAGAGCGGAGCGGGAGUUGGCUUUACCAGACGUUGCCAUGGAACUGCCGUCGCAUUUCCCUAGUGAUUAUUGGGACAGGGGACCCGGGCCUUCAAGUGCGCAUCCUUUCGGCGUGGAGAUACCUGACUACAUCAUGGGCCCAGUACCAGAUGUUGCUCUACCCUCCUCUCCCACAUCCAGUGUUUCGUCCUCUGGAGUCCCCCCUGAGUAUUUUCAAAUGGACCAAUCGUUGGAAGCUUUAAAUGACGAGGGCUCAAGUGGAAGUAGCUGACAUCGCGCAUGUUUAUUUAUUUAUUUUUUUUUUUUUGUAAGAAAA